AUGAGCAACUAUUACCAUCGCCGGGACAUAAGCAACUAUUACCAUCGCCGGGACAUGAGCAACUAUUACCAUCGCCGGGACAUGAGCAACUAUCACCAUCGCCGGGACAUGAGCAACUGUCACCAUCGCCAGGACAUGAGCAACUAUAUCCAUCGCAGGGACAUCGGCAACUAUCACCAUCGCCGGGACAUGAGCAACUAUCACCAUCGCCUGGACAUGAGCAACUAUCACCAUCGCCGGGACAUCGGCAACUAUUACCAUCGCCGGGACAUAAGCAACUAUCACCAUCGCCGGGACAUGAGCAACUAUAUCCAUCGCCGGGACAUGAGCAACUAUCACCAUCGCCGGGACAUGAGCAACUAUCACCAUCGCCGGGACAUGAGCAACUGUCACCAUCGCCGGGACAUGAGCAGCUAUCACCAUCGCCGGGACAUGAGCAACUAUAUCCAUCGCCGGGACAUGAGCAACUAUCUCCAUCGCCGGGACACCGGCAACUAUUACCAUCGCCGGGACAUGUGCAACAAUCACCAUCGCCGGGACAUGAGCAACUAUAUCCAUCGCCGGGACAUGAGCAACUAUCUCUCCAUCGCCGGGACAUGUGCAACAAUCACCAUCGCUGGGACAUGA